AUUACAGUCAGCGUUUUUGUGAAUGCUGAUUGUGUUUGUCUAAAUUAAAAGCAAAAAAAUAAGUAUUACGGAAUUAAAGUAUAUUUUAUUAGCCCUUUGACUUGAUUAUAAACAGUUGCUUGCUUAAAAUGUGAUUAAAAUAUCCGUUUGUGCAAUUAUUUUGGUUUCAUUCCAAGGUUUGCAAUAAAAUGUCUGAUCCAAGUAACCCUUUUGCGGGUCUAUUAGGAGUGUCUGGAACUGGAUUGAGGAAUACAAAUGGCGCGGAAUGUAACAGCAGUCCAGUAUCAUUGGACUGCAAGCAGUCGCAAGAGGAGGCCCGGAUUCAGACAAUAAACAAACUUGUUGAGAAUGUUUUCCAUUUCACCAUCAAUUCAAGUGCUGUGGAUGGCCAAACCGAUGAACAGUUGGUAUAUCUAGAAGAACUAGCGCAAGCUAUGAACCCUAAGGUUUAUAUUGAUUUAGAAACAUUGGAGCAGGCACUUUUUGAAAGAUUAUUGUUACAAGACAUUGAGAACAAUGUUAUACCCAAAACAAACAAAGCGCUUAAGGAACAUAUAACACAGAAACAAGUCUUUCCAUAUUUAUUUGGCUCCAUGGAAAAUGUUCAGAGUUUCAGUCAAACAAAUAACCAGUAUAUAAGGGGUGCAUUGGAAAAAAUGAAGGAGCUUAUUCUUCGUAAUGCUGUGACAGCAUUAAAACAGCCUGCACUAUUUGAGGGACAAGAAUUUUCAUUGCAGCUGGUAGAAAUAUUACAAAGUGGAGGGCCCCAAAGUCAUACAUUUUUUAGUGAAUUAGUAGAAGCAUUUAUCGCUGAUGAAACUGAAGAUUGUCAAAACCAACUGCGAAUAUCAAUGAUACCAGUUCUAAAGAGGAUUCAAUUUGAUAUAGACAAGUCAAACUUAAUAAAUCUACCCAUUUACAUAUUACCAUCAAUACAACUAUUUGCAGGUAAUCCACAUUUAGCAUGGAUAUUGUUGGAAACAUGUGAACCAAAAAAUGAGACAAAUGGAAGACUGUACCAAGAAUCUGUUAUUGGGGCUUUGUUGAGCUUGUCAGUUUUACCUCGGAACACUACAGCCAUGCAUGAUUUUUUUGAUAAUCCUAUGGACCAGGCAGCCACAUCAAUGAUCGAAACAUCUAUCUGGAAUGCAUCGUCACACCUUACGAAUAAUUUGCACAAAAUAUUUUUAACUCUGCUAAAAGGUGGUCCAACAAUAAAAAACAGAUUACUAUCAUGGAUAGGAAAGUGUUUAAAAAAUAAUGCUGCCAGAGGAAAACUUUGGAAUGUUCAGGCUGGAGUAAUGAGUGUGGCAACGUUACGCUGUGUUUCUGAUGGAUUUAUGUUAAACCUUGGUGCAGUUCUUUUGCAGUUGUGCCAACCAUUUUGUACAAUGGCUAAUGAUCCAAAGUCACUUAAAAUUGAUCCUACUUACGGUGCAGUACUGCCAGAAGAAUGUGCAGCAAAAUCUGUCCAUCUUGAUUGUCUGCACACUGAAACAUGUUUAUUGCCAGCACGUGAAUCGGAGGAUGGGCAAACGAUGAAGAGGCCGACCGCUGACACAUACAGUUUUGUUACAGAGUGCUUCUUUAUGACACAGAAGUGUAUUGACUUAGGUGUACGUGUGUGUGCGGAAAAACUAUGGCGCUGCGGUCAGGACCUGGGGAGAGCUCAAAGAGCGAUUGCGGAUGCAGCAUCGGCCCACCACAUGAUUGAACCUAUGCGACAGCAGGCACAGUUCCUUAUGACCAAGUUCGUCAGCUUUCGAUGCGCGCUUCUUGAGAACGAGAUGCUAACAAACCUGCACCGCCUGCAAGCCAUGACGUGCACUUGGCUGGCGCAAGUGGCGGCGCGACCUAACCCCGAAGUGCCGCAAUCCAGCUACGCGCCCUUAACUGUUAUGCCGAUGCAAAUGCCUAUUACUACACCACCUCCUGAUACUUUAAGAUGCAUUCCAGAAUUCGUACUAGAGAAUAUAGUUGUGCUGAUAACAAUGGCACGGCGUACUGUAGGCGCCAUCACCGAGGAAGCUGACAUCGCAGGACUGUUGGAACCGGCGCUGACGCUUGUACUCACCUUCAUGGGCGACUCGUCGCGGACUUACAACCCGCACUUGAGGGCUCGUCUCGCAGAAUGUCUCGAAGCAAUGUUGCCGAAUCACCCGGAUGAUCAGCAACCAUUGAGCAAUAUUGCGUCAUUCUACAGGGAGCAACUCUUCAAAAACCACCCACAUAGACUGCAACUCUUGCCUUGCCUGCUGGACGUGUUUGUAGGGAUAGAAAUGACGGGGCAAAGUGUGCAAUUCGAGCAAAAGUUCAACUAUCGCCGUCCGAUGUACCUCGUUAUGGAUUUCCUUUGGGGCAUCGAGGAACAUAGGGACGCUUUUACGCUAUUAGCAAGAGAAGCCGAAUCUAACAUGGACGCAGUGCACCCACCGAUAUUCCUACGCUUCGUCAAUUUAUUGAUGAACGACGCCAUUUUUCUGUUGGACGAAGCGCUGGGGAACAUGGCCCAGAUACGCACGAUGCAAACCGCCCAAGAAUCGGGAGCAUGGGCCAACUUGCCCGCUCAAGAACGCGAACAGAACCUCGCCAAUCUGUCACACAUUGGCAUGCUAGCACGGUUCGACAACAUCCUCGGUCGGGACACUAUACGGACCCUUGUGAGGCUCACCGCGCACGCUCCGUACGUGUUUUGCCAUCCCACCCUCGUAGACCGAAUCGCCUCCAUGCUCAACUAUUUCCUGCUGCAUCUCGUGGGACCUAAUAAGAAGAAUUUUAAGGUGAAAGAUUUGAAAGAGUACGAGUUCGAUCCAGCGAAAACGGUAAUGGACAUUUGUCAGAUGUACGUGGAACUGGGCAACAACCAACGCUUCUGUGCCGCCGUGUCUGACGACGGCCGCUCCUAUUCGCCGCAGCUGUUCACGCUUGCGGAGGCCGUACUAGUGCGCAUCGGAGGUGGUGGUCUUAUAACAUCGCUGCAGGAGGUGGCAGCGCGAGUUGGCACGCUGGCUGUGCAGCGGCAACGGGACGAGGAGAUCCUGGCGAACGCGCCCGAGGAGUUCCUUGACCCCAUCAUGAGCACCCUCAUGAUGGACCCCGUCAUACUGCCAAGCUCGAGAACAACCGUCGACAGAAUCACUAUCGCCAGACAUCUUCUAAGCGAUCAGACGGAUCCGUUUAACCGUUCUCCGCUGUCUAUGGAUCAGGUGAAGUCGAACACCGAACUCAAGGAUCGCAUACAGGCGUGGAUCAGCGAACAGAGGCAAAAGAAUGAUCCUAAUAACGUCAAUACUUCUUAAUGUAAACGUCUAUUUAUUGUACAUUUUACUUGAACGAGUAAGGCUAGACUUAUAUGAAGGCUUACUAUCACAACUUCAACUGAAUAUUUUCUGUACUUCCCUUUUUGUUUCUCAAUGUGAUUGUUUUGAUACCAUCAAAAGCCUAUAGCAGACGAAGUCGAUGACAGUUAGAAAUAUGACUAUUUUCGAAUAAAUGUCAUGUAGCAACCGAAACCUGAAUUUGGCAGGAUUAUAUAGCAUUCAGCUAUAUAGCCUUUGAGUUUUAUAAAUUUAAAAUGCAUAUGAACAAUUUCGGAACCGGCAGGAUUUGAACAUGCGACUCUGGCAAUCGCGCCCUGAGCGCUUUUUCCGACUAAGCUACGGCUCUCCAAAAACACUAAUAAAAAUAAUAAAAUUAUACCAUUGAGAUUAUAUAUUUCGUCAUAUAUGCAAUAUAUCAGAGUUACUUGGCCGAGAAACGCCCCCGGUUACUCCAACUGCCCGAUUUAAUAACUUUUCCAACAACAAGGUCGUCUCGUUACAAAACACAUGCAUAAUUUAACACUGAUAGUUGUAAACUUAUCGCAUAUUUUGUAUGAGCAUAACUAUUACAAUAUAAAAAAUGUGAGUGAACUUUGUUAGCUUAGUGACUAACACUUAGCUAUAUCUAUAUACUUAGCUAUCCUUCGGGAGAUCGAUUUCAAUACCCGGCAAGCAUAUCUAAAUACCCGUAAAGCAAUAAAAUAUCACUUUAUUACUUUAAUUUUUUAUUUUAUUUAUACAGUGUAGGAAAACAUGCCUGCAUGCCUGAGAGUUUUCCAUAAAGUUCUAAAAGACGUGUUAUGUCUUUGUCUGUCGAUUCGCACUUGACCAUUGUGGUGCACUACGUCCCUUCCCAUUUAGAAACAGGAGACACGUGCCCUUUAGUAGGCCGUUAAUGAGCUGACAAUGAUUAUGUACUUCUGAUUCAAUCCAGAAUCUAUCACUAUUCCUGUAUUUGCAUACUGUGAUAGCCAAAAAAAAGCAAGUUUUAUAGUGUCCAUUAUAAAUAAAUAAAUUUCAGUACAGAUAGCACGAUCCUACUUGGCCGGCAUUUAGUUCGCUCUUCGGGUUCGCACAAGUACAAUGUACAAUAUCAUUAUAUAAUUCAUUAAAACUGUAUCUUCGCAGCCACUCGUUACUUAGUUCCGUGCGACCAACUUAGGUUGCGUUCUGUAAAUUUUUUUGAUUUAUUGAAGAUUGGCGAAAAGUUAUCUGCAGAUCUUUGAACUAUUAAUUGUUCUUAAUCGAUAUCGAUUUAUCCCUGCAUUAUCUACACGUACUGCUAGAUGUCUAUGCAGUGCUGUGAAACAACAACAGCAUCGAGAAUUAAAAAAGAAUAAAGAGUUUUGAUCAAGAAUACUGUCUGCUUAUAAGAUUAAAAGGGUAUUACAUUACACCUUACCUCCUUGAACCGAAAGCUGACACCAACACAAACAUUCCAAAAGAUACUUUACGUCAGGCUAAGUUGGUUGGCCUUGAAAAAUGUGCCAAAACCAAACCACGAGUAUGUCUUCACGUUUGAAGAAAUGUUGUGCCGACCGCACAUAGGCCAAGUAGAAGACUGUGAUAGAUAGAAAUUGCAAUGAUCUGCAAAUAAGUUUAUACAUACUCAGAUAGAACUUAGAUAUGCAACCGCUUAGGGCCACUAAGAUUUAUUGUUCAGCGUCCUACAAAUCAUAGGUAAGGUUAGGCUACGGAGAUACUAUCAGCUUAGGAAGAAUAGGGUUAUUCUAAACGGUUCAGUUUACGUAACAAAAUUGAAAAUUAUCCAUUGAGGAAUUCGUUAAAUGUUGAUAGUAAACCUUCUUUAGUGUCAUAACUCACUAGCGCGGCACGACCUGUUGCGUUUAGACGUGCUUUUUUAUUGUCUUUGACGCAAUUUUGAAUCUUGACGCAUUACCGCGGUCGUCGCGUGCUGCGUCUAUUUUAAAGAGAAAACGCGUAUUAUUGCUAAUGGAGCAAAAGAACUUAAAGUAUUAAAAAUAUAUAUAAGUCUUCAUAGCGAAAGAAAUAUAUUUUGUCCC